AUGGCUCCCACCGCCCAUGUCCUCCCCAUGCCCAUCCCCACCGAGACCCGUCCCAGUCUCGCCGUCCAACCCUCGGACACCAAGCUCCGCAAAGCCUCCUCCUUUCGCACCGAACAAGUGGUUAUCGAUGGUAACAACCUCAAGAUCCAAGGUCUCGUCGCUUCCGCCCGAUACGGUCACGUCCCCGUCCUUGACUCUUCCCCCGCUAUUCGCAAGCGUAUCGAUGAUUCUGUCCAGUCCCUCAUCGCCAAGUUGGAUCGUGGAGAGUCGAUUUACGGCAUCAACACGGGUUUUGGUGGUUCGGCAGACUCGCGUACUGCCAACACCCGUGCUUUGCAGCUAGCCCUCUUGCAGAUGCAGCAGUGCGGUGUGUUGCCCGUCCCAUCUACGUUUCCUACGGGCGAGCCGAGUUCUGCGCCUUUUGCUCUACCCUUGACUGAUACCGAGACGAGUUUGGUCAUGCCCGAGGCUUGGGUUAGGGGUGCUAUUGUGGUCAGGCUCAGCUCGUUGAUGAGGGGUCAUUCGGGUGUGAGAUGGCAAGUGUUGGAGAAGAUGCAAAAGUUGUUCCUUCAGAACAAUGUCACUCCUGUUGUUCCUGUGCGCUCAAGUAUCUCGGCUAGUGGUGACUUGAGUCCGCUCAGUUACGUCGCUGGUGCACUUGCUGGUCAGAAGGGCAUCUACUGUUGGAUUACCGAUGCCAAAUCCGGUCAGAGGGUUAAAGUGACUGCUGACGAAGCAUGCCGUAUGUACGCAAUCGAACCUGUUCAAUACGAGCCCAAGGAAGCGUUGGGCUUGCUCAACGGCACUGCUUUCUCCGCAUCCGUUGCUGCUUUGGCCACGUACGAGGCUGAGAAACUCGCCAACCUCACUCAACUCACUACCGCUAUGGCAGUCGAAGCGCUCAAAGGAACUGAUGCUUCCUUCGCACCUUUCAUUCACCAAGUUGCCCGUCCCCACCCAGGUCAGAUCAAGAGCGCCCGCUUCAUCCGUGCUCUUCUCUCGGGCUCCCAGCUCGCUGAGCACCUUGAGAACGAAAAACACGUACUGUUCAGCGAAGACAACGGAACUCUUCGACAAGAUCGAUACACUCUCCGCACAGCAUCCCAGUGGGUCGGACCCGGUCUGGAAGAUAUCGAGAACGCCAAGCGAUCGGUGGAUAUCGAAAUCAACAGUACAACCGACAACCCAAUGAUCGACCCUUACGAUGGCGACGGUCGCAUUCACCACGGUGGAAACUUCCAGGCUAUGGCUAUGACCAAUGCUGUCGAAAAGAUCCGACUCGCUCUCUGCGCCAUGGGCAAAAUGACUUUCCAGCAGAUGACAGAGUUGGUUAACCCUGCAAUGAACCGUGGCUUGCCCGCCAACCUUGCGUCUACUCCGGAUUUGUCGUUGAACUUCCACGCAAAGGGUAUCGACAUUGCACUGGCGAGUGUCACUUCCGAGCUCAUGUUCUUGGGUAAUCCAGUAAGCACGCAUGUUCAGAGCGCAGAGAUGGCCAACCAAGCCAUCAACUCACUUGCGCUUAUUAGUGGUAGGAUGACUCUUCAAGCAGUGGAAUGCUUGAGUAUGAUUCAGGCUUGGAGUCUUUACCUUCUCUGCCAAGCACUUGAUAUUCGCGCUCUGCAGCAUAAAGUAGCAGAACAGUUGCCCGCACUCAUCCUCGCCUCGCUCAACUCGCACUUUGGAGAAUGGAUGGAUGAAGCGAAACAAGCCGAAAUCGCAAAACUCGUCCUCAAACAGAUGUCCAAACGCUUGGACGAAACCUCUUCAAAAGACCUCCGCGAUCGUCUGGUGGAAACGUACCAAGAUGCCAGUUCGGUUCUGGUCAAAUAUUUCUCAGAGUUGCCUAGCGGUGGUGGAGCUGAUCCGUUGAGGAACAUUGUUAAGUGGCGUGCAGCUGGUGUUGCCGAUACGGAGAAGAUCUACAGAGAUGUGACGGUGGAGUUUUUGGACAACCCCUACGCUUGUCACGCCAGCCAUCUUUUGGGUAAGACAAAGCGGGCGUACGAGUUUGUAAGGAAGACGUUGGGCGUGCCGAUGCACGGAAAGGAGAAUUUGAACGAGUUCAAGGGUGAAUUCAGUCAGUGGAACACGACGGGAGGGUAUGUUUCGGUGAUCUAUGCUAGUAUUCGAGACGGAGAGCUGUAUAGUAUGCUUAGUGAGCUGGAGAAGGAUUUGCAGCUGUAG